AUGACUUUGACGACGCUCGAGAUUCUUCGUCGACAAUACCUAUCCCUCUACCCGCUCUACCUCAUCGCACCCCCUGAUCCUUCUCUCCUUGCCGAUCCGCAAUCGCAGAAGUUUUUGAUAGAUAAGCUGUUAGGGGAGAGGUAUCAGCCUGAAAAUGAGUAUAGACGGAAGUUCUGGAGAAGGGUGGUGGAGAGUAUGGAGGUUGGACUGAAAGAGUUGGAAUCGCAAUUGGAGUUGUCAGAGGAAGAAAGAGAUGAGCUGGAAAUUGACGAGAGGUUUUACGAUCUUUUAACUGAUUUGAUGGUUACCAAUAAUGCCAACGCCAACGGUGAAGCUGGACCUUCAUCAAGUGGACCGAAAACAACUUAUCGGGCAUUCAUAUAUGAUAAACCAAAUUCAUCAAAUUAUCUCUCGGUAAUCACCAACACCAUCGAUCACGGGAUUGAAAAUCAUACAGACAGGGAUGACGAUAGAGACGAGGAUAAGAUUGUACUGUUGGAAGAACAAAUUGCGAUUCAAGGAGGAACCACUGGAUUGAGAACUUGGACAGCAGCCCUUAAUCUAGCUCAUCACAUCCUCCGAAGUCCACAUCUGGUCCUCUACGAUACCGAAUUGUCUCACAGGGGUAUACUGGAACUUGGAGCUGGAACAGGGUUUUUAUCGAUCUUGUUGGCUCAGCUGGGUGCUGAUGUCAUCUCAACGGAUCUGGGUAUCGAGUCGGACGCUCAAUCAAUCAAUGAGAUUGGCACAGGUCAGCGUCACGAAGAGGACGGCGAGAGUAGAACUCCGCUGGGGAGGUUGAAAUACAAUGUGCAGCUUAAUUCGAUCAGUGACCAGGUAUCUGUCAAAGCUUUAGAUUGGGCAGACGGAUCGUUGCUGCCUGAAGAAAGACCGAAUAUAUGGUCGAAAUUGAUAGAAGAAAGAAGGACGAUAGUAGCUGCUGAUGUCAUAUACGAUCCAGACCUAGUACCUCCUUUGGUCAAUACAAUUGACGUCUUGCUCGAUGAUGAUGGCCAGAACCAGGCUAUUAUCUCGGCAACGGUGAGGAAUCAGGAGACGUUCGAUCAAUUUUUGAUCACCUGUGGACAACAUCAUCUCCAAGUCAGUUUCAUCGAGGUACCUCCCAUCAACGAGAACGGGGAUGAUGUUAGAGCUUGUCCUCCGUUCUGGGAUUCGGCUCUGGAUAAAGGGACGGAAGUGAAGAUUAUGCGGAUAAACAAAUUAAGGCGGUUGUAG